UGUACUCCAGCCUGGGCAACAGAGCAAGACUCUGUCUCAAAAACAAACAAACAAACAAAAAAACCAUACACCUCAUGCUCACUCCUCUGGGAGCCACAGCUAACAGCCCGCAGGCAGGAUACUCUCAAACCAGCUCCUGGAGGGCACUCCCAGGGACCCCUGUUCCUACCAUGAGCCCCGCCAAAGAGGAGGUGGGCCAUGGAGGCUUGUCCACCCAGGUGUGGCCGAGAAGAGGGUUUCCUCACACUCUGCUGACCUGCUUUCCUUCCAUGCCUCUCAGCCCAGCUCCUGACACAGGUGGAAACCUGACCUCCUUGGCUUUAGAAUGUCCCCCAGAGCCCACAGAGCAACCCGCCCCCAGCCACCUUCCCUCCCAAGAUCUCCAGGUAAUGCCUGGUAAAAGGAGGACUCCGGGGAGGAUGUUGGGAAAACAUGCAAAGCGCAUCACCUUCCAACCGAUGGAGAGUGAAGGAAAACAGGUACCAUUUGGCUUGUAACCUUCACUGGAAAUAGAAACCAUCCUCAUCAUUGAUACCUGGUGAACUGCACAGAGAACAACCUGCAGCUUUGGAAGCUUAUAAAUCCUUCAGUAUUUGUCAGCUACCAGUAAACAAAAAUGCACACGGGAGAACUUUCCACCCGAACCCCACCUGGAGGCCAGCGUUCCCAGGUCCCGGCUGGUGUGACAGCACGCACUCGAGGGCCAGCUCAGACACGGCGAGUGGGACGCACGUGAGCACAGGGAGGAAAUGCCAGCAGAUCCUGCUUCACGUGACCACCUCCCAAGAAUCAAGCCAUUCUUAGCCUCACAGACGCUGGCCGCCUCCCUCUGGCUCGGCCUCACGGCAGGGCAGGCAUUAGCAGUCCAGGCAGCUUCUCUCUGACUCCCCGCAAGGAGGGGUGCGGUGGGCAACAGGCUGGCCCCGCACAGUUCCACCUGCAGGAGAGCCCAGCAGAGCAGCCCUUGCAGGAGGCUGUGUGUGUGGGGCCGGCUCAGCUUUUCUCUGGCCAUGCCCGUGUCCCUUCUGUGCACGGAGACACCAGAUGCACGUGCUCCCCUCUCUGCUUCCGACCCAAGCCUGCCCUCGGCCUCUGCUGUGCCUCCAAGGGCUCCUGUGUCCUGUGGGCUGAGUGAGCACGGCCAGGCCUUCGCUCGACAGUAGACCCUUCUAUUGAUUUCUUCACAGAAAAAAGGGCUCAUAACCAACAUUUAAAGCACACUGAACACCAGGAGCGGCUGCAUGGACCUGGACACGUGUCUGCCUGACCUGCCCCUGGGCUCUUGGUAGGACGCCCUGCAGCAAUGCAGACAGGGGCCUGCAGGGAGAGGCCACAUCCCCAGGAGCCAGGCUAUCAGAAAGGUGGGGCAAGAGGCCAGCUAUGCUCGCUUUGCAGUGCGGUCCCGUCCAAGCACGGCCCCUCAUUUCUGGAACCCGGCUGUAAACAGCAGGAGGGAGGGGCGGCGGCGCCUGCCAAGGGAGGCAGAGGCCCUGCGGGGAACUUACCAGAGGAAAACAAGUGCUUGCAUCCUGGGGCCCUCACACGCACGCGCAGGAGGCCAGGCGUGCUGCUGAUAAGAGCCUGCGGGUUUGCAGAGAAGCGCAGCAGCGCAGGUCCUCACCGGAGUUCUGGUGGCCACCUCUGUCCCACCAUGCUGCUCACCGACAGUGUCCGGGGCCCACAGCACCAAGAGGCUUGGGCCACAAAGUAAAGGUGUAUCCUGUCUGGAGCUUGUGCUGGCCCGGCGAGUGGAGCCCAGAGCCCACCCCCAACUACCAACAUCCCCCAGAUUGCCGCCUGCCCGGCCCAGGAGGUUCUAGUCAAGAUGUAUUAGCGAGGGGCUGGACAAGGGUCGCGGAGCCUCGCCGGCUGCCAUGUGGGGCUGCGGCUGGUUCAACGGCACAGGGCUGGUGGAGGAGCUGCCUGCCUGCCAGGACCUGCAGCUGGGGCUGUCACUGCUGUCGCUGCUGGGCCUGGUGGUAGGCGUGCCAGUGGGCCUGUGCUACAACGCCCUGCUGGUGCUGGCCAACCUACACAGCAAGGCCAGCAUGACCAUGCCAGAUGUGUACUUUGUCAACAUGGCAGUGGCGGGCCUGGUGCUCAGCACCCUGGCCCCUGUGCACCUACUCGGCCCCCCGAGCUCCCAGUGGGCACUGUGGAGCGCAGGCGGUGAGGUCCACGUGGCACUGCAGAUCCCCUUCAAUGUGUCCUCACUGGUGGCCAUGUACUCCACUGCCCUGCUGAGCCUCGACCAUUACAUAGAGCGUGCACUGCCGCGGACCUACAUGGCCAGCGUGUACAACACGAGGCACGUGUGCGGCUUUGUGUGGGGCGGUGCGCUGCUGACCAGCUUUUCCUCGCUGCUCUUCUACAUUUGCAGCCAUGUGUCCACCCGCGCGCUGGAGUGCGCCAAGAUGCAGAACGCAGAAGCUGCCGACGCCACGCUGGUGUUCAUCGGUUAUGUGGUGCCUGCACUGGCUGCCCUCUAUGCGCUGGUGCUACUCUCCCGCGUCCGCAGGGAGGACACACCCCUGGACCGGGACACAGGCCGGCUGGAGCCCUCGGCACACAGGCUGCUGGUGGCCACCGUGUGCACGCAGUUUGGGCUCUGGACGCCACACUAUCUGGUCCUGCUGGGGCACACAGUGCUCAUCUCACGAGGGCAGCCCGUGGACGCGCACUACCUGGGGCUGCUGCACUUUGCGAAGGAUUUGUCUAAACUCCUAGCUUUCUCCAGCAGCUUCGUGACACCGCUUCUCUACCGCUACAUGAACCAGAGCUUCCCUGGCAAGCUCCGGCGGCUGAUGAAGAAGCUGCCCUGUGGGGACCGGCACUGCUCGCCAGACCACAUAGGGGUGCAGCAGGUGCUGGCGUAGGCGGCCCAGCCCUCCCAGAGAGACGUGACUCUGGUGGACGCAGAGCAGUUAGUUACUCUGGAUGCCUCUGCGUCCUUCCAGAAGGAAGAGAAGUUGGAGCGGUGUUUUUCUUGAAGUUUUCUUUUUCCCACAAAUGCCACUCUUGGGCCAAGGCCAUGGUCCCAGUGGCUGGCGUCUGGCGUGAGCUUCCCUGAGGCCUGUGCGUCUCCUGAACACACAGCUCAAGGUCCACAUCCGCAAAAGCCUCCUUGCCUUCAGCUUUCUCAGCAUUCAGUUUGUCAAUGAAGUGAUGGACGCCUAAAGCCAGUAUAUAUACUUUGUGGUUAAAAUACUUGAUUCCCCCUCCUUUGUUUUAUAAAAACAGAUGUUUUCUAGAAAAAUGACAACUAUUAAAAUGAAGAAAACCCUAAGAAAGAAUGGCAACAGCCGAGGUGGCUGGGCCCUGGCAGUGGGAGGUGGCUGCUGGCCGGGCCUGCUGGGUGUGCCACGGUCACCAUAGGGUUCUGAGAACAUUUCACAGAAGUGCCUGAGACACGGAGACACGGCUGGUGUUAAACGGAGUCAUUUGGUAGCAGUGACACGCUCUCAGCCACCAAAUGUCCCUGACACCCUCCCCAGCCCCCAGAGAUAACAUCAGCUGAGGCUUUUUUCAGUUUGAACCUGUUCUAAAUCAACUCCUCAAAGUGUGCACAAAACUAAAGAAUAUAAAUAAACAAAAGAAA